AUCUAAUAAAAUACCCCACCCUAAACCCACGCAGGAGCCAGCGCAGCCGGAGCAGCAAACCGCCCCCUCCUCCCCGCGCCCGCCGCUUCGCCCCCAUGGAGCCGGUGCCGCCGGCGACGGCCGCCGGCAUGGGGGGCCCUGGCCCCGGGCCCGGGUACCCCGAGUCCACGGAGUCCUCCCCACGCAGCCGCGGCGGGGACUCGUGGGACGAGCCCUUCCCGUCCUCCGCGGCGGCCGCGGCCGGCGGCGGGGGCCGGCUCCGCCUGAUGUGCAGCUUCGGGGGCCGGAUCGUCCCGCGCCCGACGGACAAGUCCCUCUGCUACCUGGGCGGGGAGACCCGGAUCGUGGCCGUCGACCGCCACGCCUCGCUCGCCGACGUCCACGCGCGCCUCUCGCGGUCGCUGCUCGGGGGCCGGCCCUUCACGCUCAAGUACCAGCUCCCCAACGAGGACCUCGACUCGCUCAUCUCCGUCUCCACCGACGAGGACCUCGACAACCUCGUCGACGAGUACGACCGCAUCGCCGCCUCCUCCUCCGGCGGCGGAUCCUCGCGCACCUCGCGGAUCCGGGUCUUCCUCUUCCCCGCCAAGCCCGAGUCCUCCUCCUCCCUCGGCUCCCUCCUCGACGACUCCUCCAAGUCCGAGAACUGGUUCGUCGACGCCCUCAACAGCGCCAUCUCCGGCUCCCUCGACGGCAUCCCCCGGGGGAUCUCCACCGACUCCGCCUCCGUCAACUGCCUCCUCGGCCUCGAGGACGACUCAUCCGUGCACUCCCGCAGCGGGGUGCCCAACUCGGCUCCCUCCGAGGACCAGCGCGCCACCCAGCAGAAGCUCCCGGCCGCCGCCGUCGCCGCCGGCAGGCACCCGCACGACGUCCAGUCCGUGCCGGACUCGCCGAUGCUGGAUAAGAACUCCUCGUUCGGCUCGACCUCCUCGGCGCCGUCGCUAUCGAAUCUGCCGCCUAUACGCGUGCGGCCGGAGGACCGCCCGCCGGACGCCCGCGUCAUGCCACCUGCUACCGUGGAGGACCACUUCGCGCAGAUGGGGAUCUCCGAGCAGCAGCUGCCGCCUGCUGUGGCCUACAUGCAGCCGCCAGCGCAGGUGCCGAUCCCUGCCAUGGCUGUUCCAGUUGCCAGCCCCUCUGAGGCGUCGAGCCGAGUGUUCUCCGACGAUGAUAAGUCCGAUCACGGUGGCGGAAGUCGGAAGCCACAACCUCCAAAGCAGGAGGUUCCACCCGUUGCUGAUCCCACCAAUAGAGCUGUCUACUACAACGAUAGGUCUCCACCAGCGGAACAUAAGCGAGAUAUGCCGGUGGGAACUGAAGCUGCCAGCUACCGCCUCCCAGUAUCAGCUCCGGAUGCUGCUGCCGCCGCUGCAGCUGCAGCAGCAACACAGCCCCCACCUGGAUAUGUCUUCCAGAUGCAUGCGCCUCCGCCACAGCAGCAGCCGCCACCACAACAACCACAGCAGCCAGCUCCACAACAGAUUGUUACUGCUGGAAAUCAGCAUUUCAUCCACAAUCCAGCCACUGGGACCUUCAUUCCAAUCCAGUCAUAUUACCACCAACCUGUUCCUCAGCAGGCACCCCAGCCUGUGCCGCGGCCACAACAGGCACCUGCAUUCGACCCGAACACUGGGAUCUAUUACAUUCCAAUGCAGCAGAAUGCACCUCAGCCAUAUAGCAUGCCUCCUAAUGCACAAGUCUCUUUGCCACCGCCGACCCUUGUUGACACAACGCCAAAGCCAACCAUUCCGAUUCCUCAGAUGGCUGUAAAGCCUGAAUUGCAGCAGCAACCUGGUGUCUACCGAACAGCAGCAGCUGCCGCACCUGCACCUGCGCCCAAUGCCACACCUAGAUAUGCCGGAGUGGGAUACCACCAUGUUAUUCAAUCCCACCACCACCCAGCCCAGCAACCCAUUGCAAACAUGACAGGCAACUAUGGGUAUGAAUACACUGAUCCGAAUCGCCCACAAGUCUACUACUCGCAAGCAGCAGCACCUCCAGCAUUGCCACCUCAGUAUCAGCCCAUUGUCUCUCCUGAUCCUGGUCAGGGUGAAAAACAUUAAGCUGAAGCGCCCUUCAUAGCUUGAGGAGGAUUGGUGAAUUCUGGUACGUUGCAAACUCUAGAGGCAUAGUUACCCUGCUGUUAUCAUUAUUGAUGCUCCUGCAUGUUACAUGAGUAUGUGGCAAGGUGUUGCUAUUAGGAAGCUGUGCGUUUGGGGUCAAACCAAGUAUGCAUCCAACCAUGGACUGAAAAUAAGAUUAUAACCGGAUGGUUCUUGUGUUGGUGAGACUGAAAGAAGGGUGACAUUGCUGGAUUAGAUUGGGGAGAGCCAAGUGUUGUUGGAUCCAGUUCCAAUUGCUGUCUUUUUCUUCUUCUUAAUUUGAAUAAAUAUAUAGUGUCCAAAAGAACUUGGUAAAAAUGAAGAACUCAUCAUUUGUGUAGCCCUCUGUAAAUUUGAACUCUUGGAAGUCAUUCAGGUUGAGGUGCAGAUAAGUGUUAUUAGUUUGCUUGUAGAAACUUCAUUCGAGUUAAAAUAUCAUAUGUAUACAUCGGUCCGGUUUUGUACUUUGAUGUUGAUGUUGAUAUGUUUCUUAUCGUUUAAUACAUUGACCCUGAUUCUCUUGCAA